AUGUCGGCGACGAUCAACGCCAUCAUGGAUUCCAAGACGUAUACCACCAACAAUAUGCGGCUGAUGUUCUACAAUGGUGACGUAGAUACCGUAUGCCAAUUCCUCGGUGACCAGUGGUUCAUAGAGAACCUCGUCGCUCAACGGAAUCUCAGCGGUUCUGGUCACUUUGUACCGAUGGAUCGUCCAGCCCAGGCCCUUCAAAUGCUUGUCAAUUUCAUAACAAAUCAGCCAAACUACAGUAACCCGAUAUUUUAUGUGGACACAACUCCAAAGCCUUUGCUCACGGCUCCUGUAGCUCCACCAAACUGCACUCGCAAGGAAUCAGACAGAAUUCUCUCUAUGCCGGGACUCACUGGCCCGUUGGGAUUCAAGCAGUACUCUGGAUUCCUCCAAGGAUCCCCUACUCACAUGUUGCACUACUGGUUGAUGGAGUCAGAACUGGUCGACCCAACCCAAGCACCUCUGAUUCUCUGGUUGAACGGUGGUCCGGGAUCAAGUUCCUUGGAAGGGCUGUUCUUCGAGAAUGGACCGUUCAGGAUUGGUAAGGAUGGGCGGACGGUCACAAAAAAUCCAUACGCAUGGAAUCAGUUUGCCAAUGUUCUUUAUUUGGAAUCUCCGGUGGGAGUUGGAUACUCGUACUCUACGGAUGGUAUACAACCGCAGUACUCUGAUGAUCUGACAGCAGCCGAGAACUACGCGGCUCUUGUGGAUUUCUUCAAUCUCUAUCCUGAAUAUCAAACUCGACCCUUCUACACACACGACUGGUGA